AUGGAUCAUAGCAUAAAAGUCGGAGUUUCUAUGAGCAAAGUAUUUUCGAGCUUUAAUUUCUUGACUGUUAUUAACCUAAGUUAUACCAAACUAGAGAAUGAAGGUGCUAUAGCUUUUGUAAACGCUCUCAAGAGUUCUGCUCCAUCUCUUGAAGUUAUAGAACUGGCCGGUAAUAACAUAACUGAUGAGGCGGCUCCAGCUAUCGCCGCUUGUUUGGCAGCAAAGCGACAUCUGAAAAAGUUGAACUUGUCUCAGAAUGAUCUCGAAGACGAGGGAUGUGUUGACAUCGUAGAGAAGAAUGAAGGUGCUAUAGCUUUUGUAAACGCUCUCAAGAGUUCUGCUCCAUCUCUUGAAGUUAUAGAACUGGCCGGUAAUAACAUAACUGAUGAGGCGGCUCCAGCUAUCGCCGCUUGUUUGGCAGCAAAGCGACAUCUGAAAAAGUUGAACUUGUCUCAGAAUGAUCUCGAAGACCAGGGAUGUGUUGACAUCGUAGAGAGUAUGGAAGACUUGGAGUUAGAAUAUGUUGAUAUGAGCUACAAUAAACUGACAAGAGGAGGAGCACUGAAUCUGGCUCAUAUUGUUGUCACGAAAGAAAGUCUCAAGAUGUUGAACAUUGAUGGGAAUAUGAUCUCUAUUAGAGGCAUUGAGGAAGUCAAAGAGGUAUUCAAGAACUGCCCUAAGUUACUUGGACCUUUGGAUGAGAUGCAGAAUGACUCCUUUGGAGAAGACUAUGAGGAUUAUGAAGAGAAUUAUGAAGACUAUGAGGAUUAUGAAGGUAAUUAUGUGGAUGAUGAUGAUGAUUUAAGAGAGUGGAAUGAUCUUGAAGAUUUUGAAGAUGAAUUUGUGAGUUAUUUUAUCUAUUAUUAGUUUGUAUUGUACAAAUAGAGAGUUGUGCUGCUGCUAUUUUACUUCUUUCUUUAUCAAAUACCAUAUUUUAGCAAGUGUCCACAUAGUUCUUCUGAGAAAAAUAUUAUACACAUUGAUGAUAAGGGUUUUCAAUUUCAAAUAAUCGUUCUACAGAAGAAACAUAACUUAGUAAUACUUUGAGAAAAUACAAAAAUUAACACGAGACCAAUUAAAAUAAAUGUAUUACAUGUUAGAUUGACAUAAGUUAUAUUGGGAAGAAGAACAUCUAACUACUUCUACAAACACACAGACACGUAGAAGACUGAAGAAGAGACCAAACUCAACUCAGAUCUCACCUCACCUUCUUCACUUUCGUCUACUUCCAUUAGAACUUUGAG